CAAAAUACACAUAUAACGCAACACACUUUCUUUAUAUGUAGUUGUUUAGGUGGAUAAAAACACAACCUAACACUUGUUAAUGUGUUAGCAUAUUAGCAUGAAUGUUGCUACGGAAGUAGACACAGAAGCGCUACCAAAACUGCACGCAGUCUGCCCUACACUGUCAGUCUGUCAGAGACUGGUGCAGGUAUCAUCUUAGUGAGCUCCUCCAACCUGUCUGCUGUAACAAUGGCGCGUGUUGAAACAUCAUCUAGCAGGCCGUACCACCUGGUUAUCUUCGGAGCCUCUGGGUUUACGGGACAGUUUGUGGUAGAGGAGGUAGCCCGGACCGCGUCCGAAGGUCCGAAAGGGAACCUGAAGUGGGCUGUGGCCGGCAGGAGUAAGCAGAAGCUGGAAAAAGUUCUGGAGCAGGCCGCCGCAGAGCUCAGUAAGCCUGAGCUGAGAUCCGAGGUGGAUAUCAUCGUGGCAGAUGUGGAAGAACCAGACUCCCUUGCAGCCAUGUGCAAACAGGCUGUGAUUGUUCUCAACUGUGUGGGGCCUUACAGGUUCUUUGGCGAGCAAAUGAUCAAAGCCUGUGUGGAGAACGGAGCCCACCAUAUUGACAUCAGUGGAGAGCCUCAGUUUCUGGAGGCCACGCAGUUGAACUACGACAGCCAGGCAGCUGACAAAGGUGUCUACAUCAUAGGGAGCUGUGGAUUCGACUCCAUACCUGCGGACCUGGGAGUCCUCUUCACCAGGGACCAGUUCAAGGGCACGCUGACUACAGUGGAAAGCUUCCUGACUGUCAACUCUGGAGAUGAUGGCGGAUGUAUCCAUGAUGGCACGUGGCAGUCUGCCGUCUAUGGUUUUGCUGACAGCUCUAAGCUCCAGAGUCUCAGGAGGAGGUUUAAUCACAAACCUCUCCCUACUGUUGGCUCUAAGAUUAAACGCAGGGGAAAUCUGUUCUUCAGUAAUGAAAUCCAGCAGUACACGGUGCCGUUCAUGGGCUCCGACCCCUCCGUUGUGAAAAGAUCUCAGCGCUUCCUGGUGGAGAAUCAAAACGCCAAGCCGGUUCAGUACGGAGCGUAUGCAGGAAUAGGAGGUAUCGGCAACGUUGCCAAGAUGAUGUUUGCUGGCAUGAUUUUCUGGUUCCUAGUCAAGUUCAGUUUUGGACGCGACCUGCUCAUCAAGCACCCAGAGUUUUUCUCCUUUGGAGUCUUCUCCAAGGCCGGACCAACUAGGAAGCAGAUGGCAGGUUCAUCCUUCCAGUUUGCUUUCUAUGGAGAGGGCUACACAGAGGGACAGGACCCCUCCCAGGGGAAACCGAACAGCAAGAUCCGCACACUGGUUAAGGGGCCAGAGUGUGCAUAUGUGGCCACGCCCAUCGCCAUGGUACAGGCUGCUCUAACGAUCCUCAACGAACCCACAGCCUUGCCUGAGACGGGAGGGGUUUAUAGUCCAGGAGCUGCUUUUGCAAAAACCACACUGACGGACCGCCUCAACAAACACGGGAUCCAGUUCUCUGUCAUCUAAAGUUUGUGUCCCCCCCCCCCCCCCCCUCCAUGAUGCCAGACUCCAGGUUUUUCUCAGCACUUACUAAUAUGCAUAAUAACAACUUGAAGGUUUCCAACUUUUGAAGAGCGCUAUUUAAUCACGAGAGCCUUAUGGGGGUGCACAUUCAGAUUAAGUUCUAACACGGUUUUUGAUGCUACUUUCUGCAUUUAUCCUUUUGUUUGUUUUGGUCAGUCUCUCUUUGGCUUGAAUGUACUAUUAACCUUCUGCUUGUAAGACAAAUGGCACAGCUGCAGCAACCAAGGACAAUAAAAGAUGUAACAUUUGGGUGUUACAUGGCCUUCCACAAACAUAAUUAUUGCUAAUUAAGUGAGAAGUUUCUCCAGGUUCACUUUAUGUAAUUGCAAUUUAAACGCGCACCUAAUUGUCUCUCUGUUUACUAUCAGGUGAUAAAAGAGAACACGUGGACAUCACCCUUUUAUCACACCAAAGAUUGGCUAGUGACAUUUUAUACAAACAGAAAUUAAACUAUGAUCUAACCGUGUAUUUAUCAAUAGGAUCAACGUUCUGUAUUAACAGUUUCCACAUCAUCUGGAUAACAAUAGACUCCUUCAUGAUGCAGUCUUCAUGGUGUUUACCUGCACAGGAAUGUAUCGGCAACAAAUCACAUGCUCUCUUGAUGACUCCUUUUUAUUAAAGGGGCACCACGCCCAUUUUCAAUAUUCAUACAUGUUUUGUCUUAUGGUCUAAGACUGUUAAAUAUUAGUAAACAUGAACAACUCUCUCCAAAUCCAAAAAUAUAUGUUAUAGAUCUGAGAGGACAUUUUCUGUUUCAGAACCGAGAACAAAAUCAGUCUGCAAUUGAUUGUGUAUGGAGCAGCUCCAGACGUUAUACUUGAUGACGUCACACAUUUUAGUACUCUGUUCAUAUUUAGUACUAAGUCUUGAACCAUAGGAAAAACGUGUAUACAUUUUGAAAAUGGGCGUAGUUCCCUUUUUAAUAACUUUCCUCGGAUAUGGAAAUAACAUUGGAAUUCUUUAUGUAGGUGGUGUUCUCCUUUUUUAAAUAGCAACAGUAUAGCAGGCUGAUAGUUUGGCAGUAUUACAUGUAAUGGUCCUGGACAAUAUAUCCCCUGGCAGGAUUGACGAUUAGUAAAGUUGAAAUCAGUGCUGCAAAUGUAGCGAACUGUAGCUGUAGUUAGUAAACUUCUACAAUCUUUAUAAGCGUAGUCCUUGUGACAUACAGUAGCUUCAUAUGCACAACAUUACUCGCCAAGUAGCACUAACAUGGUGGCUGUACAUGUGUUCUGGUCCAGUGGAGUAGAAAUCUGCUGUGUGUGUGUGUGUGUGCACGUACAUGCUUGCCUUUCCUGACCUGUUAGGCUAUAAAUCCUGAUUGCUUUUGUUCUUGACAGUUAAUAGUUGGACUAUCACUAAAUCAUCCUCAUUUCUUCAGUCUUUCUUUUUUAUUUUGCUAAAUGUUGCAACAAUUCACCAAACAUUUGCUUACGAGCCUCGUCACAGAAUGCAUCCAGUUUGUGCACAAAACGGCACGAGUUACUCCACGAGACUGAACGGAUCCGCUCUGCUUUUUUGUUUACAAGUUUGUGUGUGUGUGGUUUUUUUUUGUUAUCUGAAGAAGUUUGUUCUGUUCUGUUUGAGCGUUAUGUGCACGGGACAAGAAAUGUUUUGGGGUUUUGUUUUGGUGUGUUUGCUUUGUAUGGGCCUCGUAAAUAAAACCAACUCUGCUAAUAGAA